AUGGACAAGCAAGCUCCAAAAGAAGCGCUUCUCAAAAACACUCUAUCAAUUUUGUACAACUUCCCUGUGAUAUACAAAAAUGAUGAAACUUUUUGGUGCUUUGUUUAUCUCGUUUAUUCAUUGACUUUAUUUUACCUCGUGUUUAGGUAUAUCCGGAGAUGUGCAUUCGGAAUCACUCGAGUGCUUUCUAAGAGAUGUCCCAACACCUACCGAAUGACGUUUUUUUUUGUUUGGAAUGAUUUCUGCUUAUUACUGUGGAUUAUAUCCUUUGUGUUCUUUGUUUUAUCAAAAAUGCUGAUAUCAGAAUCCUCCAAUUUCCAUAUCAUCUCACUAAUGCUCCCUAACAUCGUAUAUGCACCUGCAAUGGUUUUGACGGAUGUCUAUCUAGUUUUAAUAUCAUUUUACUCAAUUUUCAAAAUGCUCAUUUGCUAUAAAGCAUCAGCUGAAGUGUUUGUUUGGCGGCUAAUGAGAGGCUCUCAAUUUUGGAUGAUGCUGAAACUUUCUGUGACGAUUUUAUGGGUUGGAUACGAUCUUGUAAUACGCGGAGAAAUUGGAGAGUUGUUAAUUUCUUGUAGUCUGUGUCUCAAAUUUUCAACGACGAUCUUCUUAUUCAUAUCACUGUUAUUUUUGAUCCCGAAAUUUUUCCUAGCAUCGAUGAAACUGAAAAAUGCGAGUGUUUUAGAAAAAAUUUUGGCAAUUGUGAUUUCGUUUUUAGACUAUUUCGAAGUGGACCAGUAUUUGCUUAUGACAACAUUCUUGUUUGUGGACCCUAUUAUGAUUGGUACUAUUGCUCAGGUUUCGGAAAUUUUGUUCUAUAGACCGCGGAAACAGAAAAUCAAUUCUAUGGAAAUGAUGUUCGAUAUUAGAAAAUCUUCUGAAUAA